GACCGGUCGAGGCACACCUCUAGCUACCCAUCCCGGCAUCCCCCCCGACUCCCCGGUCGAGGCUGCUGCUGCUGCUGCUGCUACCCGCAGUCCCACUCCCCACACCACCGGCCGCGCCACCGCAACAGCAACCGCCGGGGCCGCGUUGACCGCCGUUGACCUCGGCCCGCCCGGCUGGUUGCCAUGGACCCGCGCUUCCCGCCGCCAGCGCCGUCGUCCUGCUUCGGCGGGGGAGGGGGGCUGCUCCCAGCGCGGGGGCACCACCGGCGGGCGCACUCGGAGACGUUCAUCCGGCUGCCCGACGAUGACCUGCUGCUGGACGCGGACGCCGACUUCGGCUUCUCCGACAUCGACUUCCCCUCGCUCUCCGACGACUCGCCCGCGGCGUCCGACCCGACGCCGCAGCCCCAGCCCCAGGCGCCGCCGCCACAGCAGCCGAUGCCGCAGCAGCAGGCGGCUUCCUCGGCGCCGCCGAGGCCGCCGAGCGGGGCGCACAUGCGGAGCCUCUCCCUCGACGCCGCCUUCUUCGACAGCCUCUCGCUGCAGGGAGGAGGAGGAGGAGGUGGAGGUGGGGGCGUGGUGGGGCACAAGAGGAGCGGCUCCAUGGACGGGUCCUCCUCGUCGUUCGAGGGCGAGUCCGCGCCGUCGUCGUCCGUGUUUCCGGACUACGCCAAGAAGGCCGUGCCCGACGACAAGCUCGCCGAGCUCGCGCUCCUCGACCCCAAGCGCGCCAAGAGGAUCCUGGCGAACCGGCAGUCCGCGGCGAGGUCCAAGGAGAGGAAGAUCAAGUACACCAGUGAGCUGGAGAGGAAGGUGCAGACGCUGCAGACAGAGGCCACCACGCUUUCGGCACAGCUCACGCUUCUUCAGAGGGACACCUCAGGUUUAACCACCGAGAACAGGGAGCUGAAACUCCGGUUGCAGGCCAUGGAAGAACAAGCGAAACUCCGAGAUGCUCUAAAUGACGCCCUGAGAGAAGAAGUCCAGCGGCUCAAAAUAGCUGUAGGGCAGGUUCCUAACAUGAACGGAAAUCCCUUCAAUGGAGGACUACCACAGCAGCAGCAGAUGCCAAGCUAUUUCUCACAACAACAGCAGAUGCAAUACUUCGGCAGCCACCAGGGCCAGCAUCACAAUCCAAACCAUCACCCCCAGAACUCUUCAAACGGUGGUGGCCAGUCCUUGAGUGACUCCAUGGAUUUCAUGUGAGGACCGAGGAGACAGCUCAGGAGUUGCCUGAGAUCACAAUCACAUACCAACUUCAACUAAAGUACUGUAAAGGUAGCUGAUGUAUACCAUAUUCAGUAAUGAUAUGAAUCAUUGUAGCUUAGCUAGCUGUUCCUUGUACCAUUAAUCAGAAAUUCAUUCAUGCAUGACAACCUAUCGGCGCUUUUGUUCUGGGGUUAAAGUAAAAUUGGCUUGACUGGUUGACGAGGUGGUGUCGUUGUUGGCCUGUAAAGUUUUUCCUGUAAUAGUAACGGAAUGGUUUCCGGUUGAAAGUUUGAAACUCGUGGUUCUCAGGCUGCUGAAAGUCAUUGCAUUUUGUGAUUGGGUA